AUGACUGUGGUGGAAAUUGGUCAUUUCGAAACGGUCUCUUCCAAUGAAGAAAAACGAAAUGACUUUCAAAACAAUUGCUUGAGCCUUUUUCUUUACACGAUAUAUUGCAAAUUUCUCCUGGAAAGAAACAACCUUGAGACAUUUAUUGGGCCCCGUGAUGAGAUGACCAUUCUGCGCUUGGCAUUAUCCCAGAUUACUUCAAACGUCGAUCUAUCCGCAGUCGAAUUGCAACUAAUAUGGAUCGAGGUGUGUAAAAGGCGCUUAUUCGGUCCUCAAGGUGACGACUGUGGACUCGCGAAUGCCGUUGACGAUUUACUCUUAGACGCCAAUGUUGUCGACCGCGUUCAUCUGCUGAAAGCCAUAAUGAUUGAAUAUAAUGAAAAUUAUUCCCUAAAAGAAGCUCUGCAAGCUGCUGAAUAUGUCAUCAUUUCUGACCAAUUGUCGUGGUUCGAGUUCCUGGUGACAUCCCUGCUAAUUGAACUUAAGGUUCCCAAUUUGCGGUUUACGAAGACACCCCACUUGGUGCCUUUUCGCUCUUUACAUCAGUGUGAAGUCUUACCAGAACGGUAUAUUGAGCCAGAUCCUCUUGCCCGCAGCCUCCUAGCCUACCUCGCGGUCAGCGUUAACGUAAUGAGUACAAUCGACCUUGCUCUCAUAAUGAACUCGCCAUUUCGUGGAUUUGGAAAAACUUUCUUUUCCGUUCUCCGACGUGCAGCCAAACGAUCUUCAAUUUCGCCUGGUCAGUUAGUUCUCUCCUACCCGGCCUGCAUGACGGACUCAACAACCACUUCCACUUUGGCUGAAAAAGACGACCGUCUCCUUCGACUGUCCGCCCCCUGUCUGGGUCACCUUGCCGACACCAUCCGCGGCUGCCAGGACGCCCUCUCCGGCCACCUGAACGACGAGGACUCGACCCUGGCGACCACCAGCGAGGCAACCUGCAUGUCGAUUGAGGCCGCCACGCGAGCUGUCGGAGCCUGUCUCGACGCGGCUGUGCAGGCCUUCAGCAAGCCGCCGUCUUUUGGUGGUAGGCGAAUGGCAAGAGAAGCAAACGCCAAUUAUCCCCUCAAAACGGUAAAAGAAGUCAGAGAAAAGCUCUGUCAAAAAUUGAAGCUGUUGGUUUCUUCCUCAUUCCUGGCAGGAGGUGAAUCCAUUCUGACCCCUACGCCUAAUCGGCCGACGCGUGCCGGUGGCUCUAUUCAGGGCAGGGCUGCUUUUAAACUCGCCCGCUUUUUCAUCUUUUCUGAAGCCUCCGCCCAGCUUGUUCAACUCAUCAGAACUCCCUCCGAGGCCUCGCCCUGGCGCAUCCCAAGGACGCCUUUCGGCCAGCGAACCAUCAGGGCGUUUUUUCAAUCACCCACGAGUGCUGAACGCACACCCAAGGCCACUACUCCACCAAGGCAAUCUGAGGCCACUGCUACCUCAGCCGCUUCCGAAAUUGUACCGAAGCGUCGGCUUAAUGCACGCUUCCAGUCAAAUCUGGAUUGGGCGGUGAUGGGCAAUGACUCGCCUUCUCCGGUGGCGCGACGUUUCUCCGAAACCGAUCUCAAUCCAAGACAAGAGGAUGAAGCAACGCGAAAAUCAGAUCCUGGUGCCUGUAGCCCAAAGAAAAUACCGAAGCUAUUGUUUGACGAUACUGAGGAGGAAGCAGACGAGCCUAGUGAGUGUUUCCUUGAGCUGUCAUUAGUCCUCAUGACUGUCCAAGCUCCAAGCUAUUGCCCCUUACUGAAUGUUUAUCGUUGA